AUGACGGAUGUAUUUAUAGGCCUCUUGAACCAGGAUAUCAAGCUCUUCUAUCGAGGAUGCAAACAAGCUCCUGAAAGGUCAAAUAUGGAGAGAUCAGACAAGAUCGGCUGGUUAUUUAUAGGAAGGACCUUCAAGAACAAAGAUCGCACAUUUAUAGAAAAAGUCUUUUAUGCGCUGAGGGUCCUUAUGAAUAACAACCACGUAAUCCAAACCUACGCCAUCCGAGGAAUCAGCAAUGCAGCACUGAAUCUCCCCCGGAAGUGCUCAGCCCAGGUGUAUAACCUCAGCUUGGAAGUGGGCGAAGACCUGCCGGCUGACACUCUGGUAGGGGACAUUAGCGCGGGGCUGCCCCCUGGGGAAGCCCACCCUGGUGGGUUUUUCUUGUCGGAAGGCAGCGGGGAAUCCGCCCUGCUGGCGGAUUUCCACAUCCACCCGGACACCGGCAUCAUCCGCACCGCCAGGCCCCUGGACCGCGAGCGGACAGCGCGCUACAGCUUCGCGGCGGCCACGCUGAGAGGGGCGAUCGUGCAGGUGGAAAUCGCCGUCGCCGACGCGAACGACCACGCGCCCCGCUUCCCCCGGGAGUUGGUGCGCCUCAGCGUCUCCGAGCUCAGCCCGCCCGGCAGCGCUUUCCGCCUGCCCGCCGCGCGCGAUCCCGACGAGGGAAGCUUCGGCGUCCGGGGCUACUCCUUGCUGCCGGGGGACCAGGACGGCUCCGCGGAGGAGGAGGAAGAUCCGUUUUUCCAGGUGCGCUACGGUGCUCCCUCCGACCCUCUGGAUCUGCUCUUGUUGAGACGGCUGGACCGGGAGCAGGCGGCUACCCACCGGUUGCUGGUCGAGGCUUGGGACGGCGGCAGCCCUCGCCGGAGCGGACGCCUCCGGGUAGAGCUCCGAGUACUGGACGAAAACGACAACGCUCCCACUUUCGACCGACGCGAGUAUCGCGCCCAGCUACGGGAAGACGCGCCGGCGGGAGCUUCCGUGUGUCGGGUUUUCGCCACCGACCCGGACCUGGGUGUUAACGGGGAGGUGCGUUACGCUCUUAGCCGCCGCCAGGGAGACUCUUCUGCGGCGGUUUACUUCGAGGUGGGCGAGCGCAGCGGGUUGCUCCGUUUGCGCCGGCCGCUGGAUCGCGAGUUGCGCGCUAGUCACCAACUGGCCGUGGAAGCGCGAGACGGCGGCGCCCUGCCCGAAGUGGCGACCGCCUGGGUGGCCGUGGAAGUCCUCGACGUGAACGACAACCCGCCGGUCAUUCAGUUGCUCUACCUCACCGAGGCCGGCGCCGGAGUCUCCGAAGGGGCGCGGUCGGGGGACUACGUAGCCCGCGUGUCCGUCUCCGACCCCGACGAACAACCGGGCGGCGUGGCGCUGAGCCUGGAAGGCGGCGAAGGCGCCUUUUCGCUGCGGCGCUCCGGCGGCGUCGGCGUCUAUUUCCUGUGCGUGGAAGGUCCCUUAGACCGGGAGACCCGCGAAGCUUACGAGCUCCGCUUGACGGCCGUCGAUGCCGGCGUCCCGCCGCUCUCCGCGCGCCACGUGCUGACCCUCCGCGUGGCCGACCGAAACGACCAGGCUCCGGUCUUCGCGCAGCCCCGCUACCGAGCCACCGUCUCCGAAGCCGCGUCGGCCGGCUCGGUGGUCCUGCGCCUCAGCGCCUCGGACGCCGACGAGCCCGGCUCUCGCAACAGCCAGGUGCGCUACGCCUUGGUCCCCUCGCAGCCUCACGGCGAGCUUUUCCUCCUCGACCCGCUCAGCGGCGUCCUGAGUCUCCGAGGCCCGCUGGAUCGCGAGCGGGAAGCGCUGGUGCAGCUGUGGGCGCUGGCCCGGGACUUGGGCGCGCCGCCCCUCUCGGCCUCCUGCCUGGUGAGCGUCACCGUCGCGGAUGCCAACGACAACGAGCCCGUCUUCAAACGCCGAGUCUACAGCGUGAGCUUGGCUGAACACUCCGAGGUCGGCUACUGCCUCUUGCAGGUCAAAGCAACAGAUCAAGAUUCAGGCCAUUUUGGAUACAUUGAAUAUUUUCUUUAUAAUGGAUUCCUUAGCAAUGAAAAACCAGAAGCAUUUGACAUUGAUUUAAACAGUGGUUGUAUAUACGUGUCUCAGGAUAUUGACAGGGAAGAAGAUCCAUCUACAUAUGAUUUUUUAGUAAAAGCCAUUGAUGGGGGUGGACUAAGUGCCCAAGCUUUUGUUCACAUAGUAAUUGAAGAUAUAAAUGACAAUCUUCCUGUCUUCAACCCUGUAAUUUAUGUGAUAAACAUCAGCAGUCAUACACAGCCAGGAACAGAAAUAACUAAACUUCUUGCUACAGAUAAAGAUUCUGGGAUAUAUGGAACUGUGACAUAUAAACUGAUUCCUGGAUAUUUUUCUUCCCUUUUCAAAGUGGACCCAUCUACAGGAACUGUUUAUUUAAUAUCAGCCCUGACUAACGCAGAUUGUUCCAGUGUGCUGCUGACUGUUUCUGCUCAGGAUGGUGGGGGUCUUCGGUCUGAUGUUGAUGCGGAUGUAACUGUGAAGAUCUUUCAACCUGCUGUGGCUCCUGUUGUCUUUGAGGAGUCAUCUUACAGCUUUUCCAUCCCUGAACAUGCCCCUGAAGGAACUUCUGUUGGAACAGUGAAAGCAAGAAAGCCUUUGAAUUUCCUGGAUACAGUUUCUUAUAGAAUUUCCUCUGGCAAUUCCCAUGGGAUUUUUACUGUUGAUUCUCACAGUGGAAUCAUACACACCCAGAAACAACUUGACCAUGAAACCCAUGAUCAUAUACUCUUUGAAGUGCAGUCACAAUUGGGAAACUCUUCCAUCUUCAGCAGUGCCCAGGUCAACGUAACUCUGAUUGACAUCAAUGAUAACCGUCCAGUAUUUGUGAUGGAUUAUGAUCAAAUAUAUAUAUCUCAAAGCACGCCACCUGGAACAGCUCUUUAUAUUGCUCAUGCAGAAGAUAAAGACAGUGGGCUCAAUGGGCUCAUCCAUUAUGCCAUUGUAAGCAGUCAGUCAAGUAUUUUUAGUCUUGAUCCAGCUCUUGGGAUUCUUUACCUUGCUAGAGAUCUCAAUAGUCAUAAGCAGCACGAGCAUGUAGUGGUACACAUCAGAGCAGAAGAUCAUGGAAAUCCUUCCCUGAGCUCUGUGUUGAUUUUGGGAGUGCUAAUUGACAAACAAAAAGGAAGUCCUGUGUUGAUUUUUGAAAAGUUGCUGUAUCAAGUGGAAGUUAGUGAAAGAUCCUGUCUAGGUGACAGAAUCCUGCAAAUAAGGGCCCGGAAGCUAAACCCCUAUCACAUUUCUGCUACUCUUACAUACUCUUUGGAACAUAACAUAGACUCUCUUCCUUUUAAAAUUGAUCCAGAAACAGGUGUGGUUUACUUACGUAAUCCUUUAGACUAUGAACAUUUGCAAGCUCAUAGUUUUAGAGCUUUUGUUACUAGCUCAAUGGAAAAGUCAGUGCAAAAUGCAAGCACAUUAAUAAUAAUCAACGUAAUUGAUGAAAAUGAUAACCCUCCUGUGUUUCUUCGUGAUGUCUACUUUAUUGAAGUUGAGGAAAGAGCAUUACCCCAAGGUGUGAUUGGCACAAUUAAAGCAAUUGACAAGGACUCUGGAAGAAAUGGGCAGCUCUCCUACUUCAUCUUAUCAAAUGAAAACUAUUUCAGAAUCAAUUCCAAUACAGGGGAAAUUAUAAACUGGGUGGCCUUAGACUAUGAGCAGCAAGUUCAGCACCGUUUGAUUGUUCUGGUAACAGACCAUGGGGUCCCUCAACUUAAUGCUACCAUAUCUGUCUAUAUCUCAGUUAUGGACCUCAACGACAACCGUCCAUCUUUCUCCCAGGAUCUGCUGCGUUUCAAGGUUUUAGAAAGGCAACCAGCAGGAACACGAGUGGCCAGUAUAUUUGCCAAAGACCUUGAUUCUGGAAACAAUGGAAUAGUGCUGUAUUCGUUAUCCUCAGAAAAAAGUUUAGGUCACUUUCAGAUUGACAACAGUAGCGGUGAGUUAAUAACUACCAAAGCUCUGUCAUACAGUUGGCAUUCAAACUACCGAAUGGUAAUCACGGCAAUUGACAAGGGAAAUCCUUCUUUUCAAGGGGAAACAGUCAUCAAUAUUGAGGUAAUACCUCUUGUGAAAGGAAUUUCUCAUUCUUCUCAAAACAUCAGACAUUUUGCCAUACCAGAAGAUUUUAGACCUUCUCAGCUCAUGGGCUCCUUAAAACUCCCUGAUCAGCAUUUAUAUCCCAACAGAAAACAGCAUUUUAUUAUCCCUGAAGAAGAUUCUGAUAUUCCAUUUGAGAUUGAUAAUGCUACAGGCGAUCUCUUUCUUUCUAAAGCACUUGAUUAUGAAGUAAUGUCUCACUACUUCUUCAGAGUUGUUGUAACUGACUGCCUGAACAAUUCUCCACAGAAUGAGACUGUUUUCCUCAGUGUUGACGUUGAAGAUCAAAAUGACCACUCACCUUCUUUCCAAAAUAACUUCAUUGUAAUUGGGAUAGAGGAAAAUGUGCCCAUUGGUACUGUGGUGUAUACAUUUAGUGCAAGAGAUGGAGACGGUAGUUUUUUAAACAGAAAUAUUCAGUAUUCAAUGGAUAGUAAUUACUUGACAGAAAAUCCAUUUGUCAUCCAUCCUAUUUAUGGUACCUUAAUUACAGCAGUAUCCCUGGAUCGAGAAAUAACUCCAUUUUUUGUCCUGACAGUAUUGGCUUCAAAUCAGGCGGUAAACCUGACUGAACAUAACCAGUGUUCACUGACAGCAAAAAUUGUCAUAUUAGAUGUCAACGAUAACAUCCCUAGCUUUUUUUCAUCUCCUGUUUCCUACAUUAGAGAGGAUGCAGAGGUAGGCUCAGUAGCACAUCACAUAAUAGCACAUGAUCCAGACCAAGGAAUGAAUGGACAAGUCACAUACCUUCUCUCAAGCAAUGAAAACCAUGCCUUUUUGAUAGAUAAAGCUACUG